AUGAAAAGUAAAGAUCUUCAAAACGUAGUUCUUCAUAAAUACGAAGAUGGUGAUGGACUUAACAAAAUCUUUCGGAAUUUAAAUGGUUCUUUGGGCUUGAUUACUAUCACAAGAUGGUGCAAAAUGAGCCGUGACACUGGUUCUAUCAAACUGUCAACAUUACCAGGCGUUCCACGUUUUGCUCGAACCAGCAUAACGAUCUAA